AUGUAUCACGGCUCUAAUAUACAUUUAUCUCGACAGGUUUCGGACGACUUGGGCUACGUGAUCUACUCGGCCCUUGGGAGCUUCUACAUUCCAAGCUGCAUCAUGAUUUUCGUCUACAUUCGAAUCUACUACGCGGCCAAGGCCCGGGCGCGGAGAGGCGUGCCAAAGAAAAAGCCCACACCAUCAGGAGCCACCAGACAGCCGAUGAACAAACCGGCCAAAAAACAUCACAGCAAUAAAAUGCCAGGUAACCCCCCAAACACCUCUACCACCAGUUUCUCUAAGCCCCCAACGCCCACUCCCGCGCUCACCGCUGACGACUCCAGAAACGGAUCCAAUGAGCGGACGGGACUGCUCAAUAAGAAAGUGCUCAUUUGUGACGUGCGUGUCCACGAGGAGAUGCCAUCCUCCCGGUGUGUCACGCCCACGGAGAAUCCAGAGGACACGCCCUUGCGGACUGUGAGUGAGCAAGUGGACGCGGAUCAUAGGAAUCACAACACCAAGAGCGAGAAUGGGCUGUAUAUAGGUCCUCUUGGCUCCGACAACCCGGACCUUACGAUUGGGUUGCCGACAGUACCUACGGUGCCCCCGCCCACGCCCAUGAGAGAGACCAACGUAACGCUGGCGUCGCCGGCGGGUUCCUUGCGGCGUGGAGUACCGCCAUCUGGUAUGGACGGAGAUCAGAUGAGCGAUAUUGAUCCUUCGUCGUCAGAUUCGGGAGUUGUGACACGCUGUUCUGUGGUAAAGCCCUUGAAGCUUCGUUUCUGCCACCCUCUUCUGGGCAAAAAGCUCACAAAACCCAAGAGAGAGCUCAUAGAUAUGGGCAGAGUCUCAACGCCGAAGGCUCGAGAUCCCGAGAAAGAGAAGAGGAGACUGGCCCGCAAGAAGGAGAAGAGAGCCACGCUCAUCCUUGGCCUCAUAAUGGGUUCCUUCAUAGCCUGUUGGUUUCCCUUCUUUUUCAUGUACAUCUUGGGGCCACUUUGUCCUGCUUGCUACAUCCCUGGAUACGCCUUCGAUCUGGCCUUCUGGCUCGGGUAUAUGAACUCUGCCUUCAACCCAGUCAUUUACACAAUCUUCAAUAAAGAUUUCAGGCGUGCGUUUAGAAAGAUUCUCUUCAAAUAGGCAGUUCAUCAUUAUUAUCUCUUAAGAAAUUACAUUUCUGAAGUAUUGCUCAUUCAUGUUAUACACACACAAUAAUGACUGCUGGCAAUUGUGGUGACUUGACUCGGUGAUAUAACAGAAAUUACGUCUCAAAAGAUAAUUUAUUCCACACGCCAGACUGAAAACCUUUUUAGACGUAUGAAAAACAAUUUUUUUUUUCAUUCCAUGCAUAAGAGCAAAUUAUUUUUAAGUUUCCGAUUAAAUAACAUGACGAAAAAAAAAUCAAUUUUGUCGCCAUGAAAACGGGAAGUGGACCAAUGGGAGACUCCAUGGGAUCAAUCACUGUGCUUUUAGACGAGUCCUGAGUGCUUGGAGUGAGGAGGGCGUGCUGCUCCCUCCUCCUGUGGAGGAAUGGACCUCCUGUGGAGGAUUGGCCUCCUGUGGAGGAAUGGGCCUCCACCCCCUGCAGGAACAACCACCCUCCCCCACUUGGCCUGCACCAUCACUCCUGCCUCAGAAUCACAAUUACAAACCCCCUUGUGUGACCUGUGAGUGCUAUGGUUAGGUUGUAUACACAAUACGCUUGAACACAGAAAAAUAUCUUACUGUUUUGAUUUCGUAAGUGUUGUAAACUACGGUAUUGUAAUAGCUUUUUAUGAACAUGUAAACCGCCAUUUUCUGCAUGGCGAUAUCAUGGAUUUGUAUUUACAAACAAGAAAACACGUGUGUGACUAUAUUUAUAUAUAAAUAUAAUAUAUAUAUAUAUAAAUAUAAAUAGAGGGAAAACUUGCCUUAUAACUUUAAUCAGCAAACAGAUGUUUAACCAUAUGGGAAAUACUUAAAAUAUUCCUAUAGACUCCAGAAAGUCACUACUGUUCAUGAUCAUACACCUUUUAUUAACAAUACACAGUAGUCAAACAGUAACUAGAUUAGGUUAAGUUGUAUAUUAAGUAAUGUUAAGUUGGUUCGCUAAAUUAGUAAUGGUACCUUUUAUAAACUUAAUGUAUUCUGCUCAAAUAUAUAUAUAUAUAUGUGUUUGUGUGUUUACCAACACAACAGAUUAUUUCGUUCAUUUAAACACACAUAUUUGGCAGUUGUCCCUAUUUGGCUUGACUAUAUUAUAUAUAUA